AUGGUUGUGGGCCUGACUGAAUCUGUCACCAUAUUGGCUCUGAAUUCUUUGACAGUGAUUGCGUUUUAUAGAGACCGUAAUCUUCGUAAACGAUCAACGUACUUGGUGAUAAGCUUAGCAGUUGCAGACAUGUUAUCCGGGGGAAGUUCUACACUCAACUUCUUCGAUGAUGUUGGAGAGACAUGGAACCUUUGGAGGCACAAUAGAGCGUAUCAACGUACUUGGUGAUAAGCUUGGCAGUUGCAGACAUGUUAUCCGGGGGAAUUUCUGCAUUCGACCUCUUCUAUGAUGUUGGAGAGAUGUGUAACCUCUGGGGGCACGAUACAGAGUAUUGGUAUGAUAUAUCAGCGGUCUUACUCCUCUGGUUUCCUGAUUGUUCGUUAACAAAUAUGACUGUUAUUUCUUUAGAACGCCUGAAUGCAACGUUUUGGCCCUUCAGGCAUCGUACGAUCAAAAAGUCAGUCUACUGGGUUCUUAUUAUCGCCGUCUGGUUGACAACACUCCUCUUUUCAUAUGCACUACUGAUGAUUUCUCACUAUACACAUAAAGAGGACUAUUUUUACUACGCUCUGGGCUCAUUCAACUCAAUUUGUCCUUUGGUCAUUUGUGUUUCUUACGUUUUUAUCUUUGUCAAGCUUCGCUUUGGAGAUCAGCACCGACACCACGGCGCGGCAAAUAGGGAAAGGAAACUGACCGUGAUGUUGUUCAGUGUGACUUCUUUCUCUCUCCUAUUGUGCUUGCCUUAUGUUGUAACUACCUUUCCGACUUUUGCCUUAAAAUUUUUAAGGUCAUUGUCUAACACAGCGCUUUUCCGUUUGGCACAAAGUUCAACCAUAUUGCUUUACGCAAACUGUUUUUUAAAUCCGAUAUUGUACACUAUGAGAAUGCCAGGUUUUAGGCGAGCUUUAAAGAUAUUAUGUCACCAACAACCUUAG